AUGAAGAAACUAGAUCAACUUUGUGAGUUCCAAAGUUCAAAAUUGGAGUUGAGUGGGGCUAACAAUCAAAUUGGGAUUGAGACAACUGAUAGCUUGACUUUUUAUCAGGACAGAUCCUGGAAUAUUCUCCAGAACAACAUCAUAUUGUUCUUCAAAUUGGUGAAAAUAAUUUGGAAAACCUGGCCAAAGCUACCUGAGCUCGCUGAACCUUACAAAUAUGAUGAGAUCAAUUUUAAUUGUGGAUGUCCAAGUCCAAGAGUGGCUGGACAUGGGUGCUUUGGUGCUCGCCUUAUGCUUGAUCCAAAGUUUGUUGCUGAGUCUAUGUCAGUGAUUGCCGCAUACACAGAUGCCCCUGUCGGUGUGAAAGUCAAAUUGGUGUUGAUGGUCAUGAUUCGUAUAUUCAAGGAUUAUGACUACUGUAUCAUCAUGAGAGAUAUGGCAGCAGUCUUAAGAUGA